ACUGGACAGAUAAUACUACUGAGGCCAAACUCGUUUCUAAAAGCGGCACACUUGAUUUGCCGGCUUGAACAGAUCCGGAACGCUCCUUUCGAUACCAUUUCGACGAUGGCACUUUUGGGGUGAAUCCGCGUCCAGGAAUGUUGACCGCACUGUGCAUGCUGACCUUCAUUGCGCUUUUACAUGCGGCGCUGGUAUCGGCGGAACUACGGUUAUCCCAACGCGCUGGUAGGUGUUCUGUGGCUUGGAUCGCUGCGGUCUGGCUCAUUUGCUCGGAGUGACAAGUUACCGAGCUGUCAGCGGGUGAAUGGUUUGGCCGAUGCGGCGACGGCUACUCGUGGUGCAUAGUCGCCCCUUUACGUCCCGGCAACCGUGUCCGUUCGGAGUGGCGAAGUUCGCAUGCGGCGUGGCAGCAGUUGUUGCGUUUUUACGUACCCUGCGGCACCGGGCUUUGUUGGAUUUCCUCCGGGUACCGGUGUAUGACGAAUCAUUCUGGAAGGCAUCUCUGGACUCGCCCGCGCUGACUUUGACUCGCCGCCCGCCUUCCCCGCGACGAAUUGAAAACGCUCGCACUUUGGCUCGGGCGACGCGUACUGUACUGGCGGGAACACACAUUUGUGCCAGCGAACAGGUGACCAGGGGCCCAAAUGACGGACUCGGAAGCCGUGUGCUUCAGGAUGCUCGAAGAACUGAUGCAAGACACGGACGUCGUCGUGGAUCCCAAGAGGCAGGGCGUUAAGCAGAGCUUAGCAGGUGGGGGCAACGGCGUCUUGAGUGUCGUAUCUCCGGCUUCGUCGCUGGACGAAGGUCUCGGUUCGCCCAGUGACGACGUAGCCACCAACGGCAGCGCUAAAGCCGGGAGCAGUGGUAGCUUCGACGACGGUGGUAGCUCGACGGACGAAGCCUCGGAAGUCUCCGGCGUCGUGGUAACUCGUCGCGGGUCGCCGGUCAGCUGCUGCUGCGGAGACAACCGCGGCUUCGACGUACGGGACAACCAGAGGGACGACAUGACUGGUAUCGUGGUGGCCAACGGAGGCAGGUUUCCCUGUCUACACAUCGGCUUGACUGGUCUCCGCCACAACAGACGUUACUUCCUCGCCCUGGACUUUGUCGAAGUGAGCGGGGUCGACGCAUCUCUCCCCUACUGCUACACCGAGCCAUACUACACCCCGAGGCCUAACAACCUGCCGGGUUUACAGUGGACGGGCAACGUGCUCUACUUCAACCUCAACUCUAUCGCCAAUGGCGGGUUGCAAGAGAGUGGUACUACGCUAAAGGUGGGCGGGGAGUACGAGCCGACGCUGCGGCUCAUCGAGCUCCGGGAUGACCAGUGGCCGUCGGGCAGCUCGGCCAUUCGAUUCCCGCUGCGAGGCACCGCCUUCCUCGUCGUGUCGCUGAGCAGUGAGGUCCGCAUGAACAGAACGGCGCUGGCCAGUGAGUUUCUGCUGGUACGGAAAUCUGAAAUGUCCAGGAGCCGCUACCCGGCUGCCCAACAGCAGCAGCAACCGCAGUUGCCGCCGCCACAGCAGCAGCAGCCGCAGGAGUGCUGCCGCACCAGUCCCACGACUCGCAGCUUCCUUGAGCCGACGCCCAUGACCCCCACGACUCCACAGUCCGACUGGCGCCGACUGCUCGAGCUGCGCGUGGGGAGCCACCAGGCCGCAGGCCGCAGCUGUGGCGGCAGCCGCAGCGAGUAGGCUGAUGCGCGCGGCACCCCCGCACCACGGCUUGCAGGCCUUACCUUCCGUAUCGGACCCUCUGUCGGUGGGUGGAUGCAACGCACCUUCCUCGAUGAGGCCAGUGUACGCGUCCGCCAAGUCCGUGAUGCACGACCACUUCACCGGCGGCGUGUGGAAGUCGCUCCCUCCUCAGCCGCAGCCAAGCCACCACCAACCCACGCCUCAGCCACAGCCGCCAGUCGGCUCGUGGCACUCGACGUCCCGGCAACCGCACAGCUGCCUGGCGCCGGGCGCGCAUCUCGAAGCCCUGCUGCACCAGAAUCGGGAGGUGCGUGUACAUGCGCACGAAUCUCAGCGUAGCUGCACUUCGAUGGAUGCGGAUUAGCACCUCAGUUGAUGGUCCCAUUCUUCAUCGUACGGGGAUUUCUUGAAUGAUUUUUUGAGCUCUCUGCU